AUGGAGUGCGAACAAGUUCUUCAAAUUUCAAUGGACAAUUUACAGAUUUGUGAUACUGGGGAUUAUAGAGAAGAAGAUGAAAUCGAAGAUCUAACUAUAAUUGAAGAUCAAAGCGAUGACACAACAAUCGUGGUGGAACAACAAGAACAACAAACAUUGACAGUUCGAGGAUGUGGAGCUCUUAUAAGGGCAAAGUUAAAUGAAGAUGGCUUAUUUGAAGUGAAAGAGCAUGUUCUUGUGCAUAAUCAUCCAAUGACUAGAAAGGAAUGGCAGCAUAUGCACAGAUCAGAAAGAAAAAUCACAGAGGAGAAGGCAAAGACAAUAGAGUUACUAAAUGACAGUGGAUUAAAGCCUACACAAUCAUACAAAGUUAUGUGUCGUGAAGCAGGAGGGGAAGAAGCUGUUGGACAUUCAAUAAAAGACCAUUUGAACUUUGUUACAAGGAAGAAGAUGAAGGAAAUUGAGGGUGGGGAUGCUCAAAAUGUCAUUGACAAUUUAUAUAACCUACAAUCUGAAGAUCCAGAUGUGUUUUUUCGUUUUCGAUUAAAAGAAAAUGGAAAAUUAGAGAGAGAUGAAACAACAGAAUCAUUUGUAUGGGUUCUACAAACUUUUUUGAAAUCGAUGGGACAUGUAGCUCCUGUUUCUGUAUUUACAGAUCAAGAUCAAGCAAUGUCUAAUGCAAUAUUGAAGGUACUUCCUCAAACAAGACACAGAUUAUGCCUGUGGCAUCUAAUACAAAAUGUUGUGUCACGUUUUGGUGCAUUAAAGCGGGAUACGUCUUUCAAGGAUGCUUUCAACCACUGUCUAAGUGGAUGUGUCAGUGAAGAAGAGUUUGAAAGAUGCUGGAAAAACAUGAUAACUACAUACAAAUUAAGUAACAGUAAGUGGUUUCAACGAUUAUACAAAAUAAAAGACAAGUGGUGUACUGGUUUGAGCAAAGAUUUCUUCUCUGCUGGGAUAUUAUCUUCUCAAAGAAGUGAGAGUACUAACAAUGCAGUUUGUUUUAAGGCAAACAAAAACACAAGUUUGACUGAUUUUUUCAAGAUUUUUCAAGAAACUGUACACCGUUGGAGACGAACAGAGAAGCAAUGUGAAUUUAAUUGCACAAAUUCAACACCUACAUCAGUGUUUCCAAUGACAGGAUUACUCAAACAUGCUUCUGAGGUAUACACUCUGACGCUAUUUAGGGAUUUUGAAUUUGAAUAUGGUGAAGCAAUUGGUUCAUUUUCAAACAUUGUGGCUAUGGAUGGUUACAAGCUGUAUUAUGAAGUGUACAAAGAGAAUGAUACAGAAUCAAAGCAAAAAGUAACAUUUGACGCUGCUGCACAAAGAAUAGCUUGUACAUGCAAAAAUUUUGAGGAAGCUAGAUGGUUAUGUUACCACUGUAUACGUGUGUUACAUCUGCACUCAAUUCCAAGGAUUCCUGAUUUGUAUAUAACAAAACGAUGGACAAAACAAGCAAAGGCAGAUUUCUGGAAGAAGAUGGAUGAAACUGCAAUAUUAUCUAUUCAACAAAACAAAUUUAUCCCUUGACGUCAUAAUAUGGCACGGAAGUACUAUGACUUGAUAGUAAGAAGUCAAGGGCAACAAGGAACUAGGCAGAUAUUAGAGCAAGGUUUUGAAAGAGAUUCUAAGGAGGUAGAUACAUUCAGAAAUGAAAAUGCUGUCAUGGAAGUAACUACAGAUGCUAAUAUUACAGACAGAGCUCCUAUUGUUGAAGUACUUGAUCCAGAUAGAGUUAAUACAAAGGGAAGAAAUAAGAGAGAAAAAGGGCAUUUUGAUAAUGCUUUGAAAAAGAAAAGAGGAAAGGGAUCAAAGAGUAAUUCAACAGAGUAUGGUACUACAACUCCAGCUUUUACAACACCGGCACGUUUAUUUUAAACAUUAUUUCAUUUAUUUUAUUUAAAAGAACUUGUUUGAAAG